AUGCAGGUUGCCAAUCCCCAGCAGACGGCGCCGCGGCCACCGCCUCUACGCGUCGACCUGCGCCGCUCCUUAAGAACGGCCGCGGACCCGUCCUCCCCCUCCCCCUCCCCCGCCCCGGCCUCGGACGCGUACCCGAGCCCGCUCACCGCGACGUCCGCCACCACCGCCACCACCGCGCACACCGACGCCGACGCCGACGACCUGGAUCCUUCUUCCUCCUACCGCCUCGCCCGCGAGUCCGAGACGGGCCCGUCCCGCCACCGGCGCGGACGCUCCUCGACCGCGUCCGGCUCGAGCUCGCCCGUGCUCGAGAAGCAGCAGAAGGGCGAGAAGCGGAAGCGGUCCCGCGUCACGCCCGAACAGCUCGCGCACCUCGAACGCUUCUUCGCGGCGGACCGCAGCCCGACGGCCGCGCGCCGGAAGGAGAUCAGCGACCUGCUCGGCAUGCAGGAGCGCCAGACCCAGAUCUGGUUCCAGAACCGGCGAGCGAAGGCCAAGUCGCUGGAUGGCAAGCCUCCGGCGUCCGUCACCCCGCCCGACACGCCACCCGCGCUCGCGUCCGGGUACGAGCCCGACUUGCACUACAUACUACACGAAGACCAAGACAUCACCAUCAUCCCGUGCCACUCGCUGACGAUCGGCACCUGGCGCCGCAUCUCCACCCCCGAGUCCAACCGGCGCGACCUCGUCGCCUACCUCUGCGAGGCCAAGUCGUGCCUCACCUGGUUCAUCCGCUCGGCCGGGUUCGGCUUCAAGAUGGAGAUCGCCUUCGACUCGGUCCUCAACGCCGCCUUCGCGAACACGACCCCCGGCCGCGGCGUCGCCUCCUUCGCGCUCUCCCGCCCGCCCGCGUUCUUCAUGGAGACGACGGCGGCGAUCGACUCGGACACGCCCGCGGCGCGCACGUGGAAGCGCUGCGCGGACUGGACCGAGGACCGCCAGGCGACGCGCGCGCUCACGCACGAGCUCGCCGGGCCCGCGAUGCAGCUCGCGCACAUCCUCCGCAACUUCGAGGCGAGCGCGCACGGCGCCGAGGUGCGCCUCACCGCGCCGCCCGCCUACGCCUACGCCGCGCCGCCGUCGCCCGCGUCAUCCGAGCGCAGCCUUUUCGCUCCGUACGCCCAGCAACAGCAACAGCAGCCGCAACAGCAACAGCAACGGCACCACGUGUCCUCAUCGCACCGCCUCGACCCGAUGCUCGCCCGCUACAGCGCCGCGUCUUACCCGCCGGAUCUUCAGCUAGGACCGCACGCGAUGCCGCCGCCGCCGCCGCUCUCCCCCUACGCCGUCGUCGAGGCCGACCGGCGCAGCACGCCGUCCGUGUCCCCCGUCGCCGGCUACUUUGACCCGCGCGUGUCCGCCACGCCCGCGCCCUACCCGCCGCCGCCGCCCUCGCCCGUCUAUCCCUCCUCCACCUCGUCCUCCUCCUACGGGGGCGCGGUGCCGUCGCCUGCGCUCAUCUCCGGCAUGCCGGGUUUGCCGUACCAUGCCCAUACGCAUCGUCUUCCGGAGAGCGGGCCGCGCUUGAGCUGAGAUCCGUGCCGAUUUCUUCUUCUAGGACUUGGCGCUUCGCGCGGUGCGAUGAAGGCACUCGCCGACUCGCCCCUCCGUCUCUACUCUCUUCCAAAAAAACAAAAAAGGAGCGCAAAGCUUGCGCCCUUCCCACCGCACCCACCUCGUUUUCCUCAAUCGCUCGCUCGCUCGCCGUUGUGCCAUAUAUAUAUUUCAUUCCCGCGCCCAAAGUCGGCUCUUAAUCGUUUUUUCGCCGCGCGGAAAACCCUCUCGUCUCGCAGCAGGACUCUUACCUUCUGUCCGAGAGGGGGGGGGAAUAGGAAGGACGGACGCGAGCUUGGGGGGGGCCGCACUCCUCGCCCGCGUCGGCUUUCUCCGCGCCUGCCUUGUGCCAUCAUAAUAAUAAUGUUGUCAUACGCCCGGUACCCAUCUCUCUCUCUCCGCCCCUAGUAUGUAUCGCCAAACGGCUUCGACCACCCCCUGCAACAACCAGCACCCUCGCCUAAUCGACUCCGGGGAGCUCUGGACGCGCCCGGCAAACGCGAAGACUGCUCCCCCCACCCCUUAUUUCUGGCUAAAAUGCUGCCCAACACUUUCUCUCCACGCAAUUUUACGCACACCACCUUUUUUUUUCAUAAGUCGCCGCAUCGCUCGUCCGAUCCUGUAGCAAUAGAUACAUUUU